UUCGGGAUCGUCGCCUAUUCCUAUUCAGCUACUUAGUAUACUUGCACAGUACAUAUACCUGCGUACACUUGCGUUGUAUUUCAAAGAAAAGAUACCGAACUGAAAUAUGAAGCUAUUCGGUUCCCUGGUGCUUUUUAUAAGUGUCUAUCAGACAAUAUGCGUUUCUGCUCUUCCAAGGUCACCCUUGUCGAGCGGACACUUUCAACGAGUCAAAAGGCAAGCAGUCCUCAAUAAAAUUCCUCUAGAAAGCGACAACAGGAUGACGUAUUAUGGUAACGUUUCAAUCGGAACUUCGCUUGACGGAUCGCAUCAAACCUUUAAAAUACUUUUCGAUACAGGCACAGGCGCAUUUUGGGUACUUUCCUCGAAAUGUGCUGAUCCAAUCUGCGAACAAAAAACUCAUAAUCGGUAUUAUAAUUAUAGAUCAAUAACUACCAAGAUUCCAGGAAUUAAGUCUAUCGAUAAUGAAGUGCAUGUACGGGGCGAGUGGGCGGCCGGAUUUUGGACGAUGGAUGAUGUUUUUGUAGGCGAUGUCACGCUUAAACAGAUCCUGUUUCUCGAAGCUAGGGAAGUAUCCGAGAAUUAUAAAAAAGAAGUAUUCGACGGUGUAAUGGGAUUUGGAUACGACCCCCAGAAAGCAAGUGACAGUUUUAUAAACAGACUUUGCGAAUUUUCAAAUGAUAAAAAAGUCUCCUUUUAUUUAGAAAGGAAUAAGAGCCCAGUAGAAAGACAUGGCAAAGGCGAAGUGGCGUUAUGCGGGGAAGAUAGAGCCAAAUUCGAGGGUAAUCCACGGUACAUUCCCGUUGACGAUGGAUGGUUUUGGAGAAUUAAAGUCGAAACGGUUCUAUGGUAUGGUGAUCAAAACAGUUAUGUUAAAGAAAGGCGAGAGAAUACUAAAGCUUUAUUUGUUACUGCCGAGCCUUACAUUGCUGGACCAGAAGGUUUAGUUCGGACAAUCUUCGCGGACACAAAGAGUGAAUACGAUGAAGCGACUGGUUUACGAAAGGUUGAUUGCGAAAAAAUUCACGAAUUGUCAGGUUUUACAUUCAGAAUAGGUGGUAUUGAUUAUCCACUCUGGGCACCGGAUUUCGUCAUAGAGCCACUGGACGCUAAAAAAGAUCCGAAAGCCUGCAUACUCGGUAUCAAAAUACUGCCCAAAAACGAUGUUUCGGAUUGGGUUUUCGGAUCUGUUUUCAUCAGGAAGUAUUACACUAUAUUCGACGCGAAAAAUAAACAAAUCGGAUUAGCUAAAAGCAUACAAAAAAUUAUAGUGGUACCGUAAAAUGUAAAAUACGAGUAUAAUGUAAAAUAUCAUCCCAGUCAACACAAAUUAAUCCUAUCUUUAAACUACUAUAAUAAGAUACUUUAUGAAAAAAUAUACGGAAUCGAAACUUCAA